GUUUUACUCGGUACUCGCUUGGCUGGGCCUGCGCUUGAGCCAGCACGCGCCAAGCGAGAAGAGGGAGGGAGCGAACUAACAUCAGCGGCAGCAAGCCAUCAGCCCCGUAAUCGAGAAAGAAAAGAAAAGAGAAGUUACGCAAGAAAGAAUUGCUGUAAUGUUCUCACCUGCUGGGCUACAUUUGGUAAAUUAAGUCCACCAGAGGCUCAGGUGACAGAGGAGACCGUUUGGGAACUCCGUAGGAACAAAACAACAAAAGCAAAAAUACGGGAUUUAACACAGGCAGUGACAAUAAAACAACACUCCCUGACAAGUGGUUUGUUAGCUGCCGAAAGAGCAGGCAGGACAAGGAAAAGGGAAAUAAAUACGUCAUCUGCUUCUCCCUUAAGGUAUUUAAACGUUAUUUUCAAAACAUCAAUUCUCACUGAACUUUAAAUUAAUGAAACAAUGAAGACUUAGCCAGAACUCAUCAAGUGUCUCUGUAGUAGCUAACGUCAGUUAGCUAGUGAGUGGUGUUCGCUAGCUACAGUAGCGUUUUGCUAGUGACUAACGUUAGCUAAGCUAGCUAGCUAAUUUACGCUAGCUGACUAAACGUGUUGUUUUCCAAUAAACUUUUGGUGGUGUUUUUAAUAACCCGAACAGUGAGGGAGUGCUUCAAGACUAGAGGGGGAGGGCAGGUUCCCUUCUUGACAUAUUCCCCUCUACACAUUUCCUUAAAAUGAUAGCUGCGGAGGUCAGUAGUGAGGACACGGGCUCUGUCUCGACAGGGGUGGCAGGCGGCGGAGGCCCCGAGACGGCCCAUUUUCCGUUUUAUCCCAACCAGACCAGAGUGCGGGUCACUGAUUUUGGCCAGCGAUCAGCACCAAACUCCCGCUACCAGUCGAAAACCUCACCGGACGCCCUUCCUGAUAUGAGUAUGAUUUACCCCGUAUCUGGAGGAGAUAUUACCGGACCAGUCCUGUCCGCUACAGGGAAUGGUGGUGGUGGACACGCAAUUUGUCAAGGAACAAGCUCAGGGACCAUUGGCGGUGUGUGCUACUCCCCCACCUCAGAGGGGCCCGGCAGCCGGAUAUCACCCACCUCGGCGUGUCCAGACGGGCCCAGUGUCUUCCCCCCACUACCACCACCACCUCUGCUGCCCGCAGGCUACGGGGGACUCGGCACUGUGGAUGAAAGCGACAUGCAGGAUGGACCAGAAUACGAGGAAGAGGAGGUGGUCUUCCCGCUCUCAGCGCCGCCCACUAACCAGUGGUACCAUGGGAAGCUGGACCGGACCAUUGCUGAGGAGCGGUUGCGGCAGGCCAAGACCCCUGGCAGCUACCUCAUCAGGGAGAGUGACCGCCGGCCUGGCUCCUUUGUCCUGUCCUUCCUCAGCUUGACCAGCGUGGUCAACCACUUCAGGAUAAUCGCCAUGUGUGGAGACUAUUACAUUGGCGGGCGCCGGUUCUCGUCCCUGUCGGACCUGAUUGGUUAUUACAGCUAUGUGUCUUGCCUGCUGAAAGGUGAAAAGCUGCUAUCACCCGUGGCUCCCCCAGAGCCUGUAGAGGACAGGAGGAGAGUGAGAGCCAUUCUUCCAUACACCAAAGUGCCAGAGACCGAUGAGAUCAGCUUCCUGAAAGGGGACAUGUUUAUCGUUCACAAUGAACUGGAUGACGGCUGGAUGUGGGUGACCAACGUGAGGACGAAGGAGCAGGGCCUCAUCGUAGAGGAUCUAGUGGAGGAGGUGGGACGGGAGGAGGACCCACAUGAGGGCAAAGUCUGGUAUCACGGCAAGAUCAGCAAACAGGAGGCCUAUAACCUUCUGAUGACAGUUGGUCAAGUGUGCAGCUUCCUGGUCCGGCCGUCAGACAACACACCCGGGGAUUACUCACUGUUUUUUCGCACUAAUGAGAACAUCCAAAGGUUUAAGAUAUGCCCCACCCCCAACAAUCAGUACAUGAUGGGGGGGAGGUACUACAACAGUGUUGAUGACAUUAUGGACCAUUAUAAGAAGGAACAGAUCGUGGAGGGCUACAACCUGAAAGAUGCUGUUUCGGUGCAGCACCAGGAACAAGUGCUCUCAGACUUGGUGGACGGCAAGGAGAUCUAUAACACUAUCAGACGGAAAACGAAAGAUGCAUUCUACAAAAACAUUGUCAAGAAAGGCUACCUCCUAUUCAACAAAGGCAAAGGUAAGCGGUGGAAGAAUCUCUACUUCAUCCUGGAGGGGAACGACGCCCAGCUCAUCUACUUUGAGAGUGAGAAGAGAGCCACCAAACCUAAAGGUCUGAUUGACCUGAGUGUGUGCUCCGUGUACGGUGUGCACGACAGUCUGUUUGGCAGACCAAACUGUUUCCAAGUUGUGGUCCAGCACUUUAGCGAGGAACAGUACAUAUUCUACUUUGCUGGCGAGACUCCUGAACAGGCACAGGACUGGAUGAAAUGUCUGCACACGUUCUGCAGUAACCUUAGGAAACCCACCCAGCCCACUCCCAACAAGAGGCUCCGACAGGUGAGCAGCCUAGUCCUGUAUGUGGAGGAGGCCCACAAGCUGCCUGUGAAGCACUUCACCAACCCCUACUGCAACAUCUACCUGAACAAUGUGCAGGUGGCCAAGACCCACCCCCGAGAGGGCCAGAACCCCGUCUUCACAGAGGAGUUCAUCUUUGAUGACUUGUCGAGUGAAAUCAACAGGUUUGAAAUCAGCCUGAGCAACAAGACAAAGAAGAGCAAAGAAAGUGACAUCUUGUUCAUGCGUUGCCAGCUGAGCCGCCUACAGAAGGGCCAGAUGAUAGACGAGUGGUUCCCUCUGAGCUCCCACGUGCCUCUGAAGGGCAUCGAGCCGGGCUCUCUGAGGGUCCGAGCCCGCUACUCCAUGGAGAAGAUCAUGCCUGAGGAGGAGUACAGUGAUUUCAAAGAGCUGAUCCUGCUGAAGGAGUUCCAUGUGAUCUAUGCUCUGGCCCAUGUGUGUGGGCAGGACCGCACCCUGCUGGCCAGCAUUCUGCUGCGCAUCUUCAGACACGAGAAGACAGAGGCCCCCUUACUCAGGACACUCAACGACCGAGAGAUCAACAUGGAGGACGAGGCGACAACCCUGUUCCGAGCGACCACUCUGGCCAGCACGCUGAUGGAGCAGUACAUGAAGGCCACGGCCACACCCUUCGUCCACCACGCCCUCAAAGAUACAAUCCUCAAAAUCAUGGAGAGCAAGCAGUCCUGCGAGCUGAACCCCUCCAAACUGGAGAAGAACGAGGAUGUGCAUCUGAACCUGGCCCACCUCCUCCUCAUCCUGUCUGAACUGGUGGAGAAGAUCUUCAUGGCUGCUGAGAUCCUGCCCCCUGUAAAUAGGCUUUCGUCUGUCAUCGACGAUGACAUCCCCAUCGACGAUGGCUGUCAAUCAUUGUCGACACCCGAUGACAUCGUUCAUCGGCCCAACCCUAAUAAAACUCUACGAUAUAUCUAUGGGUGUCUACAGAAGUCAGUGCAGCAGAAAUGGCCCAACACCACUAUGAGAACCCGGGUGGUCAGUGGCUUUGUGUUCCUGAGACUGAUCUGUCCUGCUAUCCUCAACCCAAGAAUGUUCAAUAUCAUCACUGACCCUCCCUCUGCAACAGCGGGACGUACCCUCACUCUGGUUGCCAAGUCCGUCCAGAACCUGGCUAACCUGGUGGAGUUUGGUGCUAAGGAGCCCUACAUGGAGGGAGUGAACCCCUUCAUCAAAAACAACAAACAUAGGAUGAUCAUGUUUCUGGAUGAGUUGGGUAAUGUCCCUGACCUCCCUGAAACUACAGAGCACUUUAGGACAGACCUGUCCCGUGACCUUGCUGCCCUGCAUGAGAUCUGUGUCUCACACUCAGACGACCUCCGCACCCUGAGCAACGAGAGGGGAGCACAGCAGCACGUGCUGAAAAAGCUGCUGGCCAUCACUGAGCUCCUUCAGCAGAAACAAGAUCACUAUGCCAUGUCCAACAGCAACAGGACUGAGUGCACCAUCAUGGCAUUGGCUGCCACCAUCCAGGUAAUGUGAUUUUUACCAAUGGGACGAGGUCAGUCAGUCAACCAUGUACUGGCAUGGAGCGCUGGACCGAAAAGCUAGGUGGUUUUGUAUUGAGCAUGUAGCUUUCUGGACAUUAUGAUCCAUUAUGGCCGACUGAGUCCUGCAAUGGGAAAGUGACUGACUGGAUCUGGGAAUCUCUUGCCAGUCCCAAAGCCCUUGAACAGACACUGGUGAAAUAAUGAGUAACUCCUUACUUAAUGCUAACCUGAACUACAUUCAAGCUUGAGGGCCAAAUCAGACAAGAGGACACUUUGAAGACUGUUUGCCUACAUGGCAGAGUUAUAUAGCUUACAGAGAACUAUAAACUGGACCAUCUCCUGUAUGUUGACUGGCUUGGCCUUUGUUCUGAAUUUGGGCUGACUUGAACCCUUGAGGUCCCUACACAUUUAGCCUCCUUGUCAACAGUGGAACCUUCCCGGAGGACCUUGGGUCAGAGGCUAGCCAAAGCACCGUAGCGAUAACAACGACCUUCAGGGAAAUCUAAUGUAGCACCGAUCCAAGAAAGCCUUAACUCCCUUUCUACACACCACUACUUCACUUGAUUUUACAACCCAACCUCUUCCUAUCUCCACAAUGGCCGCAUAUGCGCGCACACGCGCACACACAGUACCAGUCAAAAGUUUGGACACCUACUCAUUCAAGGGUUUUCUUUGUUUUUACUAUUUUCUACAUUGUAGAAUAGUGAAGACAUCUAAACUAUGAACUAACAAAUGGAAUUGUGUAGUAACCAAAAAAGUGUUAAACAAAUAUUUUCAAAGUAGCCACCCUUUGCCUUGACUGCUUUGCACACCUUUGGCAUUCUCUCAACCAACUACAACUGGAAUGCUUUUCCAACAAUCUUGAAGGAGUUCCCACAUAUGCUGAGCACUUGUUGGCUCCUUUUCCUUCACUCUGCGGUCCAACUCAUCCCAAACCAUCUCAAUUGGAGGCAAGGUCUGAUGCAGCACUCCAUCACUCCUUGGUCAAAUAGCCCUUACACAGCCUGGAGGUGUGUUGGGUCAUUGUUCUGUUGAAAAACAAAUUAUAGUCCCACUAAGUGCAAACCAUGCUGGUUAAUUGUGCCUUGAAUUCUAAAUAAAUCACUGACAGCGUCACCAGCAAAGCACCCCCACACCACUUCCUCGAUGCUUCACGGUGGGAAACACACAUGCGGAGAUCAUCCGUUCACCUACUCUGCGUCUCAAAGACACGGCGGUUGGAACCAAAAAUCUCAAAUUUGGACUCAUCCGACCAAAGGACAGAUUUCCCCCAUCUAAUGUCCAUUGCUUAUGUUUCUUGGCCCAAGCAAGUCUCUUCUUAUUGGUGUCCUUUAGUAGUGGUUUCUAUUUAGCAAUUUGACCAUGAAGGCCUGAUUCACGCAGUCUCUCCUGCACAGUUCAUGUUGAGAUGUGUCUGUUACUUGAACUCUGUGAAGCAUUUAUUUGGGCUGCAAUCUGAGGUGCAGUUAACUCUAAUGAACUUAUCCUCUGUAGCAGAGGUAACUCUGGGUCUUCCUUUCCUGUGGCGGCCAAUUUCAUUAUAGCGCUUGAUGGUUUUUGCGACUGCAGUUGAUGAAACUUUCAAAGUUCUUGACAUUUUCCGGAUUGACUGACCUUCAUGUGUUAAAGAAAUGAAGGACUGUCGUUUCUGUUUUCUUAUUUGAGAUGUUCUUGCCAUAAUUUGGAUUUAGCCCUAUUUGGUAAAAGACCAUCUUCUGUAUACCACCUCUACCUUGUCACAACACAACUGAUUGGCUCAAACGCAUUAAGAAGGAAAGAAAUUCCUUAAAUUAACUUUUUACAAGGCACAACUGUUAAUUGAAAUGCAUGCCAGGUGACUAACUCAUGAAGGUGGUUGAGAGAAUGCCAAGAGUGUGCAAAGCUAUCAUCAAGGGAAAGAAGAAAGAAGAAUAACAAAUAUAUUUUGAUUUGUUGAACACUUUUUUGCUUACAUGAUUCCAAUUGUGUUAUUUCAUAGUUUUAAUGUCUUCACUAUUAUUCUACAUUGUAGAAAACAGUAAAAAAAGAAAGAAAAAUCAUGGAAUGAGUAGGUGUGUUAAAAUUUUGACUGGUACUGUGUGUGUGUGUAUAUAUAUAUAUGUACAAAUACACAUCACUGAAGCUACUAGCUAUAUAUUUUAUGAGCUGCUUUACCUGUUGAUAGGAUACACUUAGGCUUAUGUGACAAAACCAGUGUUUGUGUAUGACUGCUAAAUGGAGAUGUACUAUAGGUUCAUAUUUGUAUCAUAGCUUAACAGUUUGUAGGACCUAUUUGUAACCUGUGAAUGUGUAACGCUAUGGAAACUAACCUGAUAUCUGGGCCUGAGAAACUAAAGGAACUGGCAAAUCUUCCCUUUUAAGCCUGAGCUCAUCAACAGAAGCUUUCAUAUAAUUGCAACUUCAAUGUAACCCUCACUAACCCACCUUCCUUGGCGAUACACUAACCAAGAUCAUACAGAGAACUUCUGUGCAGGCCAAGCCCAGAUUCACCACCCUGUCAUUUGGAUGAGAACUGGUUGAUUUUGUACAACCAUCGUCUGCUUUUCCGAACAGCUCAAAGUCAGAGACUUGGAGCCGAUAAUCUGUAGUUUCUCAGUUUAGAUGCACUGAAGAUUACACAGACCUGACCCAAGUGUUCAUCGACUAGACUAUCGAUAUGGGUGACAACUCCUCUCUUCAAAAUGUACAAAUGUAACUGUUCUGCUUCCUCUUCAUUUCAUAUAGCGGAUGUGUUCAUUUUAGAUUUUUCUACCUGAUAGACAGAACUGUGAAUCUUUUGCAUCUUAGAUACACUUGUUUGACCUGGCUAAAUAAAACUGUUAGUAUGUUUGGCAAAA